AUGAAGCUCAAAAUACUUGCCUUCUGCCUCCUAGGAUCUGCCGCGUUGGCUGCGGCCUCAAUUUUGGAGCUCCAAGUAGAAACAACCAGCGGUAUCGUCCACGGCUUCUACAACAACUCCGCCGAGACAGUGCGGACCUUCCUGGGUAUCCCCUAUGCCGAACCACCAGUUGGCGAGCGCCGAUUCGCACCCGCCGUGCGCAAGACCAGGAUGCGUGGUGCGUUUGACGCAUCGUCGUUUGGCCCACCGUGUCCCGGGCAGUUUUCAUUCUCGAAUGAGUCGAUCUGGACCGUGCUGCCGUACAACCCAUGGAACACGGCAGACAUGUCCGAGGACUGCCUGUCCAUCAAUGUUUGGGCGCCUGCGGCCAAGCACAAGAAAGCCAAGGGUAAGAAGGCGGUGAUGAUGUAUAUCUACGGAGGGGGUUUUGUGCAGGGGGGUACGGCGCUUACGUUCUACGAUGGGAACAAUCUGGUUCAGGAUAAUGAGGAUAUCAUUGUUGUGACGUUCAACUACCGCGUGACGGUAUUCGGGUAUCCCAACUCUCCCGAUCUGCCCUGGAGUCAGCAGAAUGUCGGCCUUCUGGAUCAGAGACUGGCAGUUCAAUGGGUCCACGAGAACAUCGAAAAAUUCGGUGGCGAUCCCUCUCGAAUCAUGCUGUUCGGCCAGUCGGCCGGUGCGGCUUCGGUGGACAUGUAUACAUACGCGCAUCCAGACAAUCCACUCGUCCACGCUGUCGCCAUCGAAUCCGGCGCGGCAGACAUCAUCACCAGCGCCGACUACACCCACCAGAACUGGGAUAAGCUAUCAACCGCCCUGGGCUGCGGAUCUGGCAGGGGAACGCUGCGCUGCAUGCAGGGGAUUCCAUUCCGGCGUAUCCUCGAUGAGGUAUCCUCGGGCUCGUACAACUUCGCCCCGGUGCAGGACAACGUCACCGUUUUCGCGGAUUACCCAGCGCGGGCUAAACAGGGCAAAUGCGCGCGGGUGCCUGCUCUCAUCGGCGACAAUGCGCGCGAGGGCGCGGCGUUCUUCCAGCUUAGCUCGGCGUCGAUCAAUGAGACGGCGAUGCUGGCCUCAACACAGACGACGUUUAACUGUCCUGUUCAUCACUCUGCUUUACUCAAAGUUGCCCAAGGGAUUCCGACAUGGAGGUAUCUAUACCACGGCAAUUGGAGCAAUCUGAGUCCGGUGUCGUGGCUUGGGGCAUACCAUUCAAGCGAAGUACCUAUCGUGUUUGGGACCUAUAACAUGUCCCCGCUGAGUAUUCCUUCUACUCCCCAGGAGGUGGAAGCCAGCAAAUAUAUUCAAGAUGCAUGGGUUGCCUUUGCCAAGGAUCCUCACAAUGGAUUGCGGAAGUAUGGAUGGCCUGAAUAUGAUCCUCAUGCCAAUACCCUGAUCAACCUGGCACUGAAUAACAGCGUCGCUCCAGUAUUUACUUCCCCUCAGGGAUGGGAUAGCCACUGCAAAGGAUCUGUCUUUGUACCUUAG